GGGAGCGCGCUUGACCCUGAAGCAUCUGCUGGAGAUCACGGUGACGCGCGUCGCAACACACGUCACGCAGGACGGGAGGCAUCACGUAGACUAAUAUCCCUGGUGCACGAAACCUACUAUUAUAUAACAAUCUACAAGAUGUCCAAGCCACUAACGGACCAAGAGAAGAGGAAGCAAAUUUCCGUGCGAGGUCUCGCCGGGGUUGAAAACGUCGCAGACCUCAAGACCAAUUUUAAUCGCCAUCUGCACUUCACUUUGGUUAAGGACCGAAAUGUUGCAACGAAGCGCGACUACUACUUCGCCCUGGCGCACACCGUCCGCGACCAUUUGGUGGGAAGAUGGAUUCGGACGCAGCAGCAUUACUACGAGAAAGACCCGAAACGUGUGUACUAUCUCUCUCUGGAAUUCUACAUGGGGCGGACCCUUCAAAACACCAUGGUAAACUUAGCUUUGGAGAAUGCCUGUGACGAGGCCAUCUAUCAGCUGGGUCUGGAUAUGGAGGAGCUGCAGGACAUGGAGGAGGAUGCUGGCCUAGGCAACGGAGGCCUUGGUCGACUGGCAGCUUGUUUCCUGGACUCCAUGGCAACCCUGGGCCUGGCAGCAUAUGGAUAUGGAAUCCGAUAUGAGUUUGGAAUCUUUAAUCAGAAAGUUGUGAAUGGCUGGCAGGUGGAGGAAGCGGAUGAUUGGCUGCGUUAUGGCAAUCCUUGGGAAAAAGCCCGGCCUGAAUACAUGCGUCCUGUGCAUUUCUAUGGUCGAGUGGAGCACAACCCUGAUGGAGUGAAAUGGGUGGACACACAGGUCAUCCUUGCCCUUCCCUAUGACACACCUGUCCCAGGAUACAGAAACAACAUUGUUAACACAAUGAGGCUCUGGUCUGCCAAAGCUCCUUGUGAAUUCCACCUCAAAGACUUUAAUGUUGGUGGUUACAUCCAGGCCGUUCUGGACAAGAAUCUAGCUGAGAACAUCUCCCGUGUGCUUUACCCUAAUGACAAUUUCUUUGAGGGGAAAGAGUUGCGUCUGAAGCAGGAGUAUUUUGUGGUGGCUGCGACUCUCCAGGACAUCAUCCGCAGGUUCAAAGCCUCCAAGUUUGGCUCGACUGAGGUCGUGCGCAUGGAUCUGACCACACUGCCAGAUAAGGUUGCUAUACAGCUGAAUGACACUCAUCCUGCACUGGCCAUCCCUGAACUGAUGAGAAUACUGAUGGAUGAUGAGAAACUGUCCUGGGACACGGCUUGGGACAUCACUGUGCGUACUUGCGCAUAUACUAAUCACACUGUGUUACCAGAAGCUCUGGAACGCUGGCCUGUCGACCUAUUCCAAAACCUUCUGCCCCGUCACCUAGAGAUCACCUACGAGAUUAACCGACGUCACCUGGAGCGGAUCUCUGCGCUCUACCCUGGCGAUCAUGAUCGUUUGAGACGCAUGUCUGUUAUUGAGGAGUGCGGUCAGAAGAAGAUCAACAUGGCUCAUCUCUGCAUCGUUGGCUCUCACUCAGUCAAUGGCGUGGCACAAAUCCACUCGGACAUUAUUAAAGACACUGUUUUUAAGGACUUCUAUGAUGUGGACCCACAGAAGUUUCAGAACAAGACCAAUGGUAUCACACCUCGUCGCUGGCUUGUCAUGUGUAACCCUGGACUGGCUGAGGUUAUCGCUGAGAGAAUUGGAGAGGACUAUAUCCGCGACCUGAGCCAGCUGAAGAGCCUCUUGAAGUUUGUGGAUGAUGAUGCUGUCAUUCAAGACAUUGCCAAAGUCAAACAGGAAAAUAAGAUGAAAUUUGCAGUGCUUCUAGAAGAACAAUGCAAGGUAAAAAUCAACCCAAACUCCAUGUUUGAUGUCCAUGUGAAGAGGAUCCAUGAAUACAAAAGACAGCUGUUGAACUGUCUGCACAUCAUCACCCUCUACAACCGCAUCAAGAAGGAGCCCAACAAGGCCUGGACUCCUAGGACCAUUAUGAUUGGAGGAAAGGCUGCUCCUGGGUAUCACACAGCUAAGAUGAUCAUCAAGCUGAUCACGGCAAUUGGAGAAGUGGUAAAUAAUGAUAGUGUGGUGGGAGUUCGUCUGAAAGUCAUCUUCCUUGAGAACUACAGGGUUACACUGGCUGAGAAAGUCAUCCCUGCAGCUGACCUGUCCGAGCAGAUCUCCACAGCAGGAACAGAAGCUUCUGGAACAGGUAACAUGAAGUUCAUGCUGAAUGGAGCUCUGACCAUCGGCACCAUGGAUGGGGCUAACGUGGAGAUGGCUGAAGAGGCGGGAGAAGAGAACCUCUUCAUCUUCGGCAUGAGAGUGAAGGAUGUGGAAGCUUUGGAUAAGAAAGGAUAUGAUGCCAUGGAGUAUUAUAACCGCAUUCCAGAACUGAAGCAAGUCAUUGAUCAGAUCUCUGGAGGAUUCUUCAGCCCUGGAGAGCCUGAUCAGUUUAAAGACAUUGUUAAGAUGCUGAUGCGCCAUGACAGAUUCAAGGUGUUUGCUGACUAUGAAGACUACAUUAAAUGUCAGGAGAAAGUCAGCGCCCUGUAUAAGAAUACUAAAGAAUGGACCAAGAUGGUCAUCCACAAUAUUGCUGGCUGUGGCAAAUUCUCCAGCGACCGCACCAUCGCCCAGUACGCUCGUGAGAUCUGGGGCAUGGAGCCUACUCUGGAGAAGAUCGCAGCCCCAGACGAUCCCCGCUAAGUUGUUCCACAACAACAAAAUCUUCCUUUUGUUAUAGCCAUUCUCACAUUCAAUUUAUUUACCAUUGUGAAGAUGUAUAAAGGUGAUUUUAACAGUGACAUGUCCUAGGAGAUGUUACUCCAUCUUGCCGUCAGACAGCCAGAAUACCUCACAACUUCUCUGCUUCCCUGUUCCAGCGACAAGCUGUCAGCACAUCUAGCUUUGUGGCAUGUUUAUAUACAGUAUAUGUCGGUGUAAGAAUGUUUUUUUUUUCUGUGAAAUAUUAUGAAAAAAUAUGAUGCAUUUGUCUAUCCAUGCCAGCAGAACAGCACAGCUUCUUCCUGUACAACCGAAUAUACACUGUGAGGGCAAAGUAUAGCAAAAAUUAUUUUGCCACACAGCAUGAUGAUGACUGUUAUGGAAACAGUUUGAGAAACCACCAUUUUUUUUUUCUUUUGUGUGUGUGUGUGUGUGUGUGUGUGUGUGUGUGUGUGUGUGUGUGUUGUGUUCAAAUUUUAGACUCAUGAUGAAAGAUCACUUAUACUCUAUUUUAGUUUCCGACAGGCAGUUAUUACGUGAACAGUCCAAGCUUUAAUGAGUUCAAAUAUGGUACAAUAACAGUCGUAACCAAUAUAAAAUACCUGUUGGGAUGUCCGUCAUGUAUUCUGACUGCUCGAAACUACCUGCCUUAACCAUACGAGUGUUGUUUGUGUAUGUUUAGGUCUAUAUCUCUGUGCCUGUGUUUCAUUGGCCUGUUGAUGCUCAUAACUUGUUCUUCCACCCGCAGAGCUCCUCACUUUAGCACUUUAGGCAUGAUCUGUCACUUUUGUCCUCAUGAAGCGUUGUACUGUAGUUCUUUCCUGUUGCAACUCUGGGUUUCACACCACACAAAAUAAGACCUGCAGGAAUGAUGGGGUCGUGCAGAAAACUUUGCUUGAAUCCAGUGAGGUAGCAAAACUAAUAUAGCACUGAAGUGUGAUUCUCCAUACUGGCUAGGCUGUGCUCAAGAUUCAGAAAUGUAUUUACUCAGAUAUAUUAUGAUAGACUUGUAUAUUUAGAAUAGGAAACAAAUGUAUGGUGCAGUGCUUUUUGAAUUGCAGGAAGUGGCUAUUUAGCAGACAAUACUUCAAAUCCGCAAUUAAACUAGGUAUAAAUUCCUGGUUUAGUGAUAAUGGAUGGUGGUUUAAGUUAUGUCUACCCUACAUGGACAUAACCUAACCUGCAACUUAUUUUGUUCGCAGCUCCAGCUGCCACCAUCUCCUUCAUUCCCCUUCUUUGUUCUCUCUCAAUGUUAUGCCUGUAUUGUGGGUGACAACACACACCAAACAGUCCUGCUGAUGCCCUUGAAGAGUGACAAAAUGAAAUAAAGUGAUUAAGUGAUUAA